AUGGCUAUCCAGAAGGCUGCUGUCAUUGGAGGCUCUGGACUUCUCGGGUCCAAGGUCGUUGAAAGUCUCCUCAACAGUGGCUUCGAAGUCACAGUCCUAACUCGAAACGAGUCUUCAGCAACCUUUCCCGAUCAAGUAGUCGUCAAGCGUGUCGACAUCAGCUCUGUCGACUCGAUCAAGGUUGCAGUCACGGGACAAGAUGCCGUUGUCUCAACAGCAACUACCAUGGCCGCUGGAGGCCAGAAAGUUAUCAUCGAUGCCGUUGUUGCUGCUAGAGUGCCCCGUUUCAUUCCCUCCGAGUUCGGUGUUCCUUCUCGCCAGAACCGGGAUAAGAAAAUUGGGAAACUCCUCGGUGCCAAGGUGCAGAACACUGAUUAUCUGAUUGAGCUUUCCAAACAGCAUGAUUGGUUCUCGUGGACUGGUCUCUCUAACGGCCUCUUCCUCGAUUCGGGCCUCAACAGUUCCUAUGGCUUUAUCGAUAUCAGGAAUCGCAAGUUUCGUAUGAUAGACUCGGGUAACGAGCCGUUUUCCGCAACAUCUCUCAGUUUUGUUGGGAAAGCCGUAGCCGCUAUCCUCAAGAAGCCCGAAGAGACAGCAAAUCGAUUUCUCAAUAUUGCAGGUGUCACCACGACACAGAACGAGGUUUUGAAGAUUUUUGAGCAAGUCACUGGCGACAAGUUCGAUAUCUCUCAUGUCAGCAGUACUGAGCUAGAGAGAAUCGGCGAUGAGAAGAUUGCUAGAGGAGACUUUAGUGCUUUUGGAAACUAUUUGGAGCAGUUCUUGUUUGCUGAUAAUGCUGGAAACGCGUUGAAGGGUGAUGGGAAUGCUAUUGGGCUGCUUGAACUCGAGGAGGAGAGUCUAGAGGAUGUUAUCAAGCGUGUUUUGGCUAAUGUCAAAUAA